GUAGCCAUGUCCUACACAAUCGUCGCGCACCAGGCCGUACUCCCAGGCCACGAGCAGCCAGUGGGCGCCACCAUCACCGUGGCGGGAGGCAAGAUCGCGUCCGUCGUCGAGGGCGUGUCGUCGAGCGUCCCGAACGCGGUCGUCAUCCCAGCUGGGCGCGUCCUGCUCCCCGGCCUCAUCGACUCCCACGUCCACCUCAACCAGCCUGGCCGGACAGCGUGGGAAGGCUUCGCGAGCGGCACGGCGGCGGCCGUCGCCGGCGGCGUGACGACGCUCAUCGACAUGCCGCUCAACUCGAUCCCGCCCACCACGACCGUUGCCAACCUGGGCGAGAAGCGCGCGGCGGCACUCUCAACAGGCAUCCGCACCGACGUCGGCUUCUGGGGCGGCAUCAUCCCCGGUAACGCCGGCGACCUCAAGCCGCUCUUGGAGGCCGGCGCGAAAGGGUUCAAGUGCUUCCUCAUCGAGUCGGGCGUCGACGAGUUCCCGUGCGUCGACGGGCUCGACCUCAUCACGGCAUGCGAUGCGCUCGAGGGCACGAACGCGCUGGUCAUGUUCCAUGCCGAGCUGGACCAGAACCCGGCUACCCACACGCACGACCACCCAGAGUCAUAUUCCACGUUCCUCGCGUCGCGCCCGCCGUCGCUCGAGCUCGACGCGCUCGCGCUCAUCCUCUCCCUGGCAAGGCGAUGCCCCGCGCUGCGCUUCCACAUCGUGCACCUUUCUGCUGCCGACGCGCUGCCGCUCAUCCGCGCCGCGCGCGCCGGCACCGACGGCGGCGCCCCCGUCCAAAACCUGACCGUCGAGACGUGCUUCCACUACCUCACCCUCUCGUCCGAGGCCAUCCCGGACAACGCAACGAGCUACAAGUGCUGCCCGCCCAUCCGGUCCGAGGCGAACCGGCGCCUGCUGCGCGCCGCCGUGGCGGACGGCACGAUCGACUACGUCGUGAGCGACCACUCGCCGUGCACGCCCGAGCUGAAGAAGGGGGACUUUAUGAGCGCGUGGGGCGGCGUCAGCGGGCUGGGCUUUGGCCUGCCGCUCCUGUGGACAGAGUUUGGCGCCGAUAUCCCCCUCCCCCGCAUCGUGCACUGGCUCUCGUCCGCGCAGGCAGGCCAGGUCGGCCUCGCGGGCCGCAAGGGAUCGAUCGUGCCAGGCGCCGACGCCGACUUUGCCGUCUUUGACCCCGCCGCCUCGGUCGAGAUCACCCGCGACGACCUCCUCUUCCGCAACAAGCAGUCGGCGUAUAUCGGCAAGACGCUCAAGGGACGCGUCGAGAAGACUUACCUCCGCGGCGAGGUCGUCUGGGACGCGAGCGACGCCACUGGGUCGCUGGCCGCCCCGACCAAGGGACAACUCCUGUAGCCAACUCCAACCAUAGCAUAUGCACAUACUACCCUGUA